GAAUAUUCCCUUUCUAAUGCUGUAUUCAUGGUAGUAGAAGUGAUAUAGAGGGUACUGUGGAGCUUCCUUUCUUAGGCAGGGCACUAUGCCCUCCAGUCUUGGAACUCUAAGUUUAUCAAGGGGCUCCAGCAUUUAUCCUGUGGAGUUCUACCUGAGAUGAACCAUGGCCCUGAGAGCAUGUGGUUUGAUCGUCUUUCGAAGACAUUGUAUUCCCAAGCUGGACAACAGCACAAUUGAGUUUCUUCUGCUACAGGCAUCAGAUGGCAUUCAUCACUGGACUCCUCCCAAAGGCCAUGUGGACCCCGGAGAGAAUGACUUAGAAACAGCUCUGAGGGAGACCCGGGAGGAAGCAGGCAUAGAAGCAGGCCAGCUGACCAUCAUUGAGGGGUUCAGAAAGGAGCUAAAUUAUGUGGCCAGAGGGAAGCCUAAAACAGUCAUUUAUUGGCUGGCAGAGGUGAAAGACUACAACGUGGAAAUCCGUCUCUCCCACGAGCACCAAGCCUACCGCUGGCUGGGGCUGGAUGAGGCUUGCCAGUUGGCUCAGUUCAAGGAGAUGAAGGCAGCAUUCCAAGAAGGACACCAGUUUCUCUGCUCCACAGCAUCCUGAGCUGACCAGAGCAGGCAUUUUCUUCUAUAGCAUCCUUGGGGGCCUUCUGAGAUUAACAUACUCUCCAUUUAAUGGAAAACUAUACUGAUCUGGUUUAUAAUUGCCAAGUGGGGAUAAGUUAGUGAAAUCAAUGUAGAGGUCACAGAUGAGCGCAAGUAAGAAUUUUAGCCAAGUGAAAAGACAAAAGAGGAGAAAAAAUUGUUUUAAAAAGGUUAUGCCCAGGAAGUGCAUUCUUCUACUUUAUAAAUAAACCUUAAACUUCUUGCUUGUC